AUGGUUUUGCUGCUGAGCAUUGCAUGUGUGGGGGUGGCGAUUGGAGAGACUCCUGGUCCUGAGGGAGGUACUCAUCGUUCUUCGGGGAAAAAUGGUGAAACCGGCCCUCAAGUUCCUUCUGGUCCUACUGGACCUUUAGGUGAUAGAGGGAGUACUGGUGGAUCUUUGACACAUUCUGCUUCUUCUACUUGUCCUUCAGCUACUGGUGGUGAAAUUUCUGCGGUUGAUGGCCGUACCUGUGAUUCUCAUACUUCUUCUGCUGUCCGUUCUGGUGGUGGUGAUGAUAGUGGAGGUCAGGGUGCAGGGCAGCAGGUACAAGAAACAUUGGGUGACCAUACAGAUGAGGAGAGUGCUGGCAACGGUACUGACGAUAAUCUCGCCGAACCAGGGCAGAAGGAUAAAGCACAAACAGGCAGUGCUGAACAAAGUAAGCAAUUAAAGGAAGCUGGUAAAGCAGCAGGGAGCCCUUCCGUUGGCGACAAAAGAGACGCUGAGAAUACUGAUUCCCAAACUGAUGCAAGGGUUACUACACAAUCAACAGGGAACCCAACUAACGGUUCGCAUUCAGAAGAACCUUCAGCUCCCACCCAGCAAACGAAUACAAGUGACACUUCUUCUGGCAGUUCAUCUGCGGAGAAUGCU